GAGAUGGUCCUAGUCAACUGCUUCCACAGGGAUAAUAAUGUUCCGCAGUAUGAUCAGCUUUUGAACAAUAUUAAGGCUGAAGAUACAUAUGUGAGGGGCGAUGAGCAGAUCAUAGAGGACAUUGCCACCGAUAACCACCCAGAUUACUGUACCAGGAGCUCAGAGGAACAUCGAAUAUCUUCAGAUUUUAAAGCAGGUGAUUGUGGUGUCACAGAAGAUACACAUGAAGCACAUACCAUUUUCUCAGGUGUACCCUUGGAGUUUAAAAGCAAAGAUCUAUCAUCUGAUCUUUUGGAUGGGUUCCGAUCUUCUGAUUCAUCACAGACUGUUAAGCAAAGUGUUCAACUUCAAAGAACUGACACAGGGGAGAAGGCUUUUUUAUGCUCAGAAUGUGGAAAACAUUUUAACCAUGAAUCACAUAUUGUUAUAUAUCAGAACAUUCGCACAGGGGAGAAGACAUAUCCAUGUUCAGAAUGUGGAAAGUGUUUUAAACGUAAAUCACUUCUUGUUAAACAUCAUAAAAUUCACACAGGGGUGAAGCCAUAUUCAUGCUCAGAAUGUGGGAAAUGUUUUAUCCGUAAAUCACAACUUGUUCUACAUGAGAGAAUUCACACAGGUGAGAAGCCAUUUUCAUGUUCAGAAUGUGGAAAAUGUUUUAGUGAUAAAUCAACACUUGUUGUACAUCAGAGAAUCCACACAGGAGAGAAGCCAUAUACUUGUUUAGAAUGUGGGAAAUGUUUUAACCAGAAAUCAUCUCUUGUUACACAUCAGAGAAUUCACACAGGGGAGAAGCCGUAUUCAUGUUCAGAAUGUGAAAAAUGUUUUAAUCAGAAAGCAGAUCUUCUUAAACAUAUGAGAAUUCACAAAGUGAAGAAGUCAUUUUAAUGUACAGGAUGUGGUAAAUGUGUUAACCAUCAAGCAGAUCUUGUUACACAUCAGAGAAAUCACACAGGUGCGAAGCCUCUUUCAUGUUCAAAACGUGAGACAGGUAAUAAAAUUUAGUCA